AUGAUUCCCAUCAGCAUCGCGCCUGCAUCAGGCGCCCUUCCUUUUCUAGGUCUACUCCUGUCCAUCCUCACAUGGGUAGUAGUGAAAUGGCCAAUUCGCCGUAAAUCCAGCACACCUCAAAUACAACAACCGGAGAAAGAACUAUUCAUCAAACCACUUCCCAGCCCUCAUCCCAAUGAUCCGACUUCAAAUAAUCCCAAAUUGUAUCGCCCGUUCCGACAUGGGCCCAAUUUCAUUACAAUGGGAAUUCGCAAACUGCACUGGGACAACUGGAUUGAAAUGGAUUCCUACUUUCUUCGGUACCACGAUAUGAAAGCAGCGGAGUUGAAAAAGGAUUUCAAAGAACAUAUCAAAUAUGUCGAUAAUGCAGUCACCAAAGAUGCUUGUUUUGAGCUUAAUGAGGAAUUGGUCCGUCAUCUGACACAUCGUUAUCCCAAGACCUUCCGAUUAGAAGAAGGGAAAGUGCAUAAUAGCCUUACCGGGGAGGCGUUUCCAUUCCCGGCAGCAACCCCUGACGAGGCUCUCGCAACAUCAGCUCUGCUGGUUCAGGAUGACUUAGUGCUGAUGAUGAAAAAUGAUGAUGGAGAAUACCACCUCGACGCAGCCGCCGUCUGUCUUCCCGGCUUCUGGCGUCUUAGGGAGAAAUUCCGCAUGUCCCUAGAUACGCUUCACUUCGAAGCUGGCGUUCCUCAUUAUGCGGCCAAGUUACAAAAAGCCAUGAAUAAGUUCAUGCUAAAACUUACCCCGGACAAGCCAGUGGAGAGAAACAAUUUCUUCAUCCAGCUCGACGACGGACUCCACUGGUCACACCGCAUGGGCGAUCAACAAGGAACAGAAGUAGCAUCAUGGGCGACUGCCAACGGCAGAGACCUGACAAUUGACGAAAUCCACUUCCGCUCAGAAAGGCAGACACUACGUCGGCUGCCACGCUCGGGGGCGAUUUUGUUUACCAUUCGCACGUAUUUCGAACCUGUCACUAAAUUGGCUCAGGAGCCUCAUAUCCCUGGUCGAUUGGCGGAGGCUAUUCAGAAUUGGGAUGAGACUGUUUCUUACUAUAAAGGCAAGUCCAGUUGGGAUAAGAUUUUGAUGCCGUAUCUAGAUGAGCAGGAUCGUUUGCAGAAGGAGCAGGGACUUGUGGAGAGAGUUGAGGGUGAAUUCCCGUACUAA